AAGGAAGGAGGGAUGAAGGAGAGGAGAGCAAGAGGACCCAAUCCUGUCAUUCACAUUACUGAAGGAGAAAGACUGCAUCUCCUAUUUCUUUCUUUAGUUUUUGGUUUUGUACCGGACAGCUGAAGUAUGUCUAAGACCCCAUCCACCACGUCUGCAGCCUCUGUAACCUCGGCAACGUCUGCAGCCUCUGUAACCUCGGCAACGUCUGCAGCCUCUACAGACAGCAAAGGUGGUAAAUCCUCCCAGAAGUCCUCAGCCUCGGGUUCGGAGUCGGCUCCCAAGAAGGUGUCUAAGAAAGAGCAGAAGAGACAGGACAUGGAGAAGAUACACACCACCCUGCUCUGCAGCGUGUUUGGAGCGGAGAGAGAGUUGGCUCAAGCUGAGUUGGAUGAGCUGGACUUUGCCUUCAAGGAGUUUGACUACGACUGCGACGGCUACCUGAACUACAAGGACGUGGCAGAGUGCAUGAGGACCAUGGGCUAUAUGCCCACUGAGAUGGAGCUUCUGGAAAUAGUACAACAGAUUAAGAUGAGGAUGGGUGGUCUGAUGGACUUUGAUGACUUCUGUGAGCUAAUGGGUCCCAGGAUAAUGGGGGAGACUGUUGACAUGCUGGGGCUGAAGGAGCUCAGAUCAGCCUUCUCUCAGUUUGACCAAGACUGUGAUGGGAAAAUCAGUCAGGAUGAGAUGAAGGAAGCGGUGAAGUGUUUUCUGGGGGAGAAACUGAAGAAAGGAGAGCUGGAAGAUAUCCUCAAGGAGAUUGACAUCAAUGGAGAUGGAAGCGUCGACUUUGAUGAGUUCGUCAUGAUUCUGUCCAUUCGAUAAGCGCUGGAAGACCUGAGAGGACGCUAUAUCGUUUUAAUGAAUCUUGUUAGACUAAGACGAGAUAACAUUGCAUGUGUGCAUCUGUGUGUACUACUACACAUGUACUACCAUUUAAACGUUUGGGGUCACUUAGAAAUGUACUUGUUUUUGAAAGAAAAGCAUUUUUUUGUCCAUUAAAAUAACAUGAAAUUGAUCAGAAAU